CCUAGCUAUACAGUCAGUCAUCUCACUCCCUCCAGUACAGGCGCACAGACAGACUUCACGGGUGGGACACCUUCCUUCUUCAGCCCAGCCAGCCUCUCGUCUCCCUCUCCCUGCCCCCCUCUCUCUCCGCUCCUUGCCUGUCCUUGCCUUUGCUGUCGUCGAACACCAGCCUCGCCUCAGAUGAGUCAGGCAGCACCAAAGCCGUCGUGCGAUACUUGUCCAGCUGUGCCAUGCUCUCCUCUGGGCUGACCACACGCGACGCUGCUUGUGCUUUUGAGUUGGCUGGUGGGAACUGUUUGUCGAGGAGCUUCUUGGUGGUCUCGUAGGCGCCGAAGAAGACGGCGCCGCCGAUGCUGAUCAUGACCACACGUGGCACGACGCCUUGGAACAGGACGGCGAGGCCCUCCUCGGCCGUGACGGACGCCACGCAGUUGAGGAACCCCGAGUACUGCCCGGGGGCGGCCGUCAUCAGCCGAGUCUUGACCACAUCGAGUGGGGUUGUCACCGCUGUGUGCAUCAGUCAAGUCAGGCAAGACAUACACGCACAGACGAUGUGAUGUGAUGCGAUGCGAUGUGUUGUGCGGCCCCCAGUGACGCGCUCGCCUGCGGUGAUUCCUCCGGCCAUGCUGCCGCAAGCGAAUGUCUGCCAGUUGUCGAGAGUGUCCUUGCCUUGCGCCCUGGCCAGGCCCUUCUUGAAGGCUUCGUAUAUGGGGUACUGAAUGGCGUCGAACGGCAGGUCCCGCAGGAUCAGAGCGCCCAGGCCCGUCCACAGCCCCGUCACGCCCUUGGUCUUGACGAGGGAUGAUACGCAGGCCGCUAUGGUGGGAUCCACGCCAGCUUGCAGACGCUGCACAAUGAAUGCACACAAAGGCACAGACAGACAAACACCCACAUACGCCUGGCCUGCACACAGAUGGAUGACUGUGUGUGGUGUCACACGGACCGACCGACCUGUUUGACGGCUUCGAACGGUGUCCUGACGAGGCUCUGCGCCAGGUUGCCGCACACAGCGGCAAGGCCAUUCCCGAACGGCCUUAUCGCAGUCGGCAGAGCGGGCGCCACAGUGCCCCUGAACCAGUCAUAGCUGCUGAAAAAGGCUCCAGCACUCGGCGCCGAGGCGAGCAUGGCGGGCAGCAGGCCGGUCCACACGCCUCGCAUGAGACCGCCCUUGACGAGUGUACCGCUCUGCAGGCGGGUUUUGACGGUGUCAAUGGGGUAGAUGACGAGGUCGACCACCGUCCCAGCCACCGCACCAGAGCCCAGACCGAUGAGGAAUGUCCGCAGGGCGCCCUUCUGCUGCUGCUGCUGCUGCUGAUCUAUCGAUGCUGCUGACGCCGGUGCUGCCGCAAUGGAUGCAUCUGCAGAUCUUCUUGUUUCUUGCUCUCUUCUGAGUGCCUCCAUCAGCGCUUUCAACGGUCUUGUGUGCCUGCGGACCGAGGCGGGGUGUCUUCGGUGACGCUGAUGGUUGUCGGUGAUCAGCGGCUGUGCGAGAGGGUGCCGCUGCCGCUGAUAUAAUGAUGAGCCGAGCACCCCCCAGAGAGAUGCAACGAGCGCAAACACGAGGCGAAGCAUUCGGUUUCG